UCACCGACCGUCAUCCAUAGAUAGUUUCGUUAAUGACAAGUCGCAGGAGCCCUGAUGUUUUCAGCCAAUUGUAUCUUCGAGUAAAUUGGAAAUAACCAAUGACGUGGCUUUUGCUGUAUAAGCGAAUUUACUGAUACGUGUGAAUCAGGUUGUUGUUAGUCUUCUGCGAGCUGUCAAAUAGCGAAAAAUGGAAUCAUCAAGUAGUGAACGAAACGAUGAUUAUUACCUCGAAUUGUCGCCUGAUCCCGUGAGAUUCGAAUCGAUCAGCCCGUUGACAAAUGUUUUCUUCGAUGACACGAACAAGCAGGUAUUCGCUGUUCGUUCAGAGGGCGUUAUCGGGGUCCUGGUCAAGGGUCCCGAGCACAAUUUGAAUUUCAGAAUGGAAGACAAGGGUCCCAUAAUCUCAAUCAAGUUCUCGCUCGACAUGAACAUCCUUGCUAUACAACGGACUAAUACUUCUGUCGAGUUCAUCAAUUACUCAUCGGCCUCCGGAUUGGACAAUGUGGAAUACUCGCAGACUUGUAAAGGAAAGAAUGCCUCUAUCUUAGGCUUCGUCUGGACACACAGCAAUGAAAUUCUAUUCGUCACAGAUCACGGAGUGGAACUGUUUUUGGUGGUUCCAGAGAAGCGAACUGUCAAAGCACUGAAAUCCCUCAGUUUGGGAGUCAAUUGGUUUGUCUUCUGCCCUCAAAGCUGUCUCGUUCUCCUUUCGUCUGGUACCAUCGGCAACCAAAUGCAAGCGCUGCAUAUCACUCCUGGAAACUUGCACAAGCUCACCAAAUUUGAAAUGGAGGCUGGAGCCACGAAACCUGGGAAGCUCGCAGUUUCGGAGAGAGAUGUAGCGUUGGCAGUUCUUUACGGAACCCCAUCAAUAAUUGUGCUGCGCCAUCAACCAGGAAUCAAUCGAAGCCUUGGUACGGCUCAAGUCUACGUCUACACAGUGCAUAAAAUGCUCACGAUAAAGAAGAGCCACAUUUUAAAACUCGACACUAGUGGCCGAUUCGCAAUCAAUGUUAUCGACAAUCUUAUAAUUGUGCAUCACCAAGCAACCGAAACUUCGAUGAUUUUUGACAUUAAAUUGCCGGGAGUGAGCGACGGCACUGUGAUGCAUCAUACCAGUAUAGCUGCACCCAAGCCGAUAAGACCAUACAGUUUGAAGGUCCCUGGCACGACUCUGCUAGAGCAAACGUCUCAGCCCUGUCUACUUUAUUCCCCUGGCUGGGUUGUUUUUCAACCAAAUAUAAUAAUCGAUGCAAAAUUAGGAUGCCUUUGGUUUGUUAAGCUGCGACUUGAAUCGUUGGUAAAAUUAAUCCCCGACAAAGUACUGCUCGUUGAGUUUUUAAUGCAACGAAAUGAUUCCAAGCAGGUUUUGAUGCAAGUUCUGAAGGAAAAUGUUACUCAGCUACCGUCAAGCUUGUUGUACAUGUCAACGAUUUUUGAUAAAUUGAACACUGUUUAUCGUAACCACCUCGAAAAUGAGUUGCAAAGCCAAAUGGGAACGCCGCUGCAAAUUGGGUCCAAAGGUGUCGCCACAGUGUCAGAAAACAUUAAAUACAAACAAAUAAUUGAUCAGAGCGAUAUGUACACUUACAUAUUGUCAAAGUUUCCCGAGGACACGACAGAGCCAAAAAUGGUGGUUUGGAUACUGUUGGAAUACAUUAGGUCUCUGGCCGAUCAUGAUAUACCUGUUCAGCACUACCUCCAUGAAUUGGUAAUCACGACUUUGGUUCACCGGAAGGCUUACUAUCAGCUGCAUCAGUUGCUACAGUAUCACGUUGUCGCUGACUCAAAACCACUCGCCUGUCUUCUACUGUCUUUGGAAAGUCUCUAUCCAGCUGCUCACCAACUUGCGCUAGAUAUGCUCAAGCGAUUAGGAAAUGCUCACGAAGAAAUAAUGGAAGUCUUGCUAUCCAAAGGACACAUAUUACCGGCAUUACGGUAUGUCAGAUCGGUUGGAAUAAUCGAUCAGGUUUCUGCUCGCAAAUUUUUGGAAGCAGCAAAGACCUCGAACGAUCCUAAGUUGUUUCACUCCGUUUAUAAAUUCUUCGAAAAUCGCAAUUUGAGACUCCAUAACACAACUGCUUUCACAAGAGGGGAACAUUGUCAAACAUAUGUACAGCAUUUUAAAUAUUUAUUCCAAGGAACUGACAACGGCUGUAAUUCAGAUACAAAUUCAAAUGUAUCGACUAUGUCAUCGUUUGGCUGAAAUUAUCAGGAAUAAUUAACUCAGCAUUCGCGUAUCAUCACGCUUAUGUUUUUGUUCAAUGCCCACAAUUCACAAGACUAGUGCAAUCAAGAAUUUGUGAAAUUUGUAAACAGGAUGAUAAACAUGCAUGGAAAACCAGAAAAAUGCAGAAAGUAAGGAACUAGCAAACUAUUUGUAAUCUUACGGUCAUUCCGUUUCAUUUCUCGUACUGUUCUGUGAUACAUUAUAAUUAAUGCUGUGUUGAGAAUGGUGCUGCUUGAAGCUCUGUUGUGUAAAUUAUAAUAUUGUAUAAAAACAUUCCCGUGGGAUAUGUUAUUAUGAGGAUAAUAUAUGUAAAAUAUUUGUUUUUGAA